UGUCACUACACCUCGUUCCCCACAACUCUCCCCCUCCUUUCUCUUCUUAACCCAUACCAAACACACACACACACACAGCGAGGGUUAAUAACAGUAAGACGGUAUAGUCCCUGACAAACUGAAAAUCCUUACCGUAGUUUUAUAUGGUGAUCUCAGUGUGUGUGAGAACAAUGCCAUAGUAUGUCACAAGUUUUUAAGUAGCAUGUGCAAUAAAAGUCUGAGUGCUGUUGAGACAAGUUCAGUUCGCAUUCUUGAGUGUAUGCUCACUGGUGGAUAGUAUCAUGGAUGAGCUACAGAACCGACAGCAGUCUCAUCAUGCUGAAGAUGGAGGACAACUUUCCUCUAGUACUGGUAUUAAUAUGAGCAUAAGUGGGACUCCGCCCAGAGUAUUGAUCAUUCAAGCAGAAGGUACAAGAUCAUAUGGCGCUAUUACAGAGAAUAGCCCCCGACGUUCCCAGCCAAUCAACCUCCACCAAGACCAUGGUCAUACCUGUAAGAGCAGAAAGAGCCAAACACCAAGGAAUUUGUUUUGCUGCCUCUGUGGCAGUCAUGUCACAAUUUGCAACUAAGAGAUUUUCAGGAUUAUAAUGAUUAUUUAUCAUCACGAUCAUUAUGCUGACUACAUGCUCUAUCAAUGAUAAUUGGCUUGUUAAAAUAUUCGUUGAUGGGACAAAUUUUGACUUUGCCCCAGCAUGGCCCAACCCCCUGUGAUUUCGUGCAUAAUUUGUGUACGGCACAGCCCAAACUUGUCCACCCACACAUAAACGAUCACAGCAAACAAACAAUGCUGUUGUGUGUUAAUUCAUU